AUGAUGGGGACGGUGGGGCACGGAUUUGCGCUUUCGGUGGCGCUGCUGGCAAAUUGGUCCAUGGGUGCAAUUCCAAGGUAUCAAGCACGGCUUGAUGGAACGGAAACUGGAAAGCGAGCCAGGGAGCGGGAAUUAGGUGAUGAUGAGGACGCCAUUGCGUUCAACAAGCACGACUGCACGUACGCCAUCCCCAAUGCCAAAGUGGCUCGAAAACAACGACAUGACUCGACGAUCGAGGGCAACGUCGUCAAAGUCACGCAUCUUCAGUUCGGCCGUACGGGCAACCGCUUCAUGGCCGUGUAUCGAAACUUAGCCCUCGGAUACUGUUGCAAAGCUAAGCAGGUGUGGCUACCUCCGAAGGACGACGUACUCGCGCCUGGAAUUUUCAACGAGGGAACUCCCGGCCCACGCUGGUUCGAUUUUUCCAGCGCUCCGGAUGUGGACGGUGUUGACUUGGGCAGGUGUCCAAUUGACAUUAUAUGGGAAAACCGAGGGGCAAUGCAGAUGGCAGGAUUGGACAACCCGGAGCGGAACAAGUAUCUCCCGCACAUUCGAGAUUGUAUGGCCAAGGCGCCGCGCCUACUAGGCUGCGAGGCCGCCUACUACUUUCCGCAGGACAUCGCCGUGUGCCCAAGAAAGAAAAAACCAUUUUUGGCCCUUGGGGAUCGAAACCCACCUGGUGGGGCGGGAAACCUGGUGCUUCACGUGCGGUCUGGCGACAUCUUUUUCGACCGAGUCGUCCCUUACAAGGGUCAGCCCCCGCUGCAGUUCUACUUGCUGCUGAUGCAAGACCAACCGUGGGACCGCAUUGACGUUGUUACUAACGGGCAAAACUGGGACAAUGUGAACCCCGUCGUGCCCGCUCUCAUGGCCAUGCGAGCAACGGGCGCGUUGCCGGACAACGUUUACUUCCACACGGAACGAUCGAUGGGCGAGGACCUCCAGAGCAUGCUUUGCGCCGAUUCUCUUGGCUUGGCCAAAUCUAGCCUGGUAAACUUCCUCAGCUACCACUCAACCGCGAAUCGGGUGUACUACCCGUGGCGGUGUAACCACGACCUCAGAGAGCUGGCCCGGCUUAGACCAAAGACCAAGGUGUACGGGCUACAGCUGGAUAGGAGCGGCUCGUACAGUGUCUAUCGACAUUGGGAGAACACACCUGAGCAGCGAGCGGAGAUGCUGGGGUAUAACGUCACAACUACGUUCCAGCGGUGCAUAUAAGCCAGCGGAGUCGAAGCCAAAUGGUUUCACUGCGGCGGGGAUCACGAGUGUGGACAUUUGUUUGCUGUGUGGUGCCAGUAGUGGUUUGUCUUUAUUUAGCAUGUCUUUUUUGGGGAAGGUGUUGCGAAUGUCGGUGAUGAUGAUGCUGUGCCGCGUGAAAUAAUUGCACAUUUUGACAGGUG